GCAUUAUGUCGAGUGUAGACAGACCCAUGGGGUUAUGGUGGGAGCAGGGAACCACCGUUUCGGUGCAACAUCACAGAGCAUCUGCUCGGCUGACAUAGCUGCCGGAUCCCCCGGGACAGGAGGGGGAACGAACACUGAUUUGCUGCUCUUCUAUCUGAUCGCUUUUGCUCUGCUGUCUCUCCUACAGGAUGGUGGGGAGGGAUGGAGAAUGGGCACUGCAGCGGGGCUGCCUUUCUCUCUGGGUGCUGCAGAAGUGAAAUGUCAGCCUGCCUGCUCCCUGCGUGGGUGCAUCACAAGGCCAGGAGAGUGGAAAGGGCAACAUAGCGCCCUACCAGUCAGCUUUAUACCGGGGGAAUCAGUCCUUUUGCAGCCUGUGUUUGAAACCUUUGUAGUCACGGCUUCGAGCCCCCCCAGCUGCCCAGCAGGCUCUUGUAUCCGCCGGAAGCUGCUAGCAGAGGAGGCUGGAGCGACUUCUCGGGCGAGCGAGGUCCUUGCGGCGAAGAGCGUUUCCUUUUGCACAUUACAAGAGAUGGAGGCCUGUGCAUCAACAGCAAAGAAGAGGGUCCUCCCCCCAUGGAUGAUAGCAAGGGUGGCAGAGCAGAGAGAGACGAUGCCGCCAGCAAGACCCAAGAGGAGGAAGAAGGCAGCUGAGGCAGGGACUGUGACUGUGUACUGUAUGAAUGAAGCAGAGCUGGUGACUGUGGCGCUGGGGAUACUGGCUGAGAAUUUGAAAUGCAAGGAAAGAGAGGACAAAGUUUUGUCCGAAAGUGAAGAGGAGCAGGGAUGCCAGCAGUUGCAGAUUGAUCCUCAGUGGAGUCCAGCAUCUACAAAUGGGUCCAGAACACCGAAGUCAGGCAGCAAGUCCCAGACUGAAGCUUUGGACUGUGCUGACAGGACUGUGUCAGAGGAUGAAGAUGACGAUGUUUUAAAAUAUGUCAGGGAGAUAUUUUUUACUUAAAGUCUGUUUUGCUGCUGCUGCUCCAAUCAAAACUAAUAUAGCAGGAACCAUUUUAGAGGACAGAAAGUGGGAAAGACCCACAAGGUUACUAGAAUGAUGGAUCUAGAAAUGAUGACAGCAGAGAUGCUUUUGGGAAGCCAGUGGUCUCUCUAUACAAAGUGAACCUGGAACUCAUAACAAGGCCUUGGAAAGACCCUUUGCUGGUUGUUGGCUCAGGGGAAGAUGAACAUUGGGGUUUUUUGUUUGGAACAUCAGAAUUGCUUAAAGAGUUGGUUGUUUUUAAAUAGCUCCUUUGACAUUUCUUCCUCUUUUGUGGAAAUGAAGUGAGCAUGAAGAAAAGCUGAGAGUGCACAUAUGUAUGAGAGUAAGCAGUUCCCAUCCAGUCAUGCCCUGAACUGAGCUUGCAUGUUCAUGACCAGAAUAUCUUGGAGAUACCUUGGAGAUGCUUGUGACUUUGGCACCAUCUUCUCCAUUCUUAAUACUCCUCCUACCCCCGCUUGCAGAGUCCUUAUUACCAUUGGGCCUUCCCACCUCACUUAGAACUGUGGGACUUCCUAACUGGCAGUCUUUGCAUGGGAGGCAUGGAGACUGAAUUCUUCUCAGCCCUAGGUUUUACCUUUUGAGUCAGUGUGAGGCAGGGUAGUGGAAGGUGUGCUGGGUUGUAGCCCUUCCUAACCCAUGAGUUCUUUCUGCAGGCUGUCUUUUAUCAACAUUAUGUUAAGUUUGAUAUCUCAACUUCUUAUUUUCCAAAUGAGUGUCUACUCUCUGGGAGCAUCUGGUGAUGUCCCUGCUUGUGGGUGCUUUCUAGGCUAUGGAAGGAGAUGGGAUUUCAAAUAAAGUAUACUAUUGAGAACUUGGGCCAGUCGCAUGGGUGGAGUAGGCAGCAGCAGCAAGUUGCCUGCCAGAUAGCAAACUACUGUUUAACUCUGACCUUCAGACAUUUGUCCCAGAGCAUGCUGAAAGGGAAUAUCAGUGUGAAAGGAGGGAGUAUUGAGGUAGGUGAGGGCAGCAGAUUAGGUGUGUGAGUGUGUGUCCUCUUGUCCACCCAGCUGCAUUAGAAUUACCUUGACCUUGGGCUUGUCCUCCCCGCUCGCCUGCCAGGCCUUGAUGGUAUAAUGGUAUUCGAGGACUCUGAGCAGAGGUCAGUCUGGCAGGGACCAUGGUCUUCUGCAGGGUUGCACCUCCCCUUUACCCUUCUCCUUUCCUCAGGUGUUUGGUCACUAUUCUUUGUUGGUCAGGAGUGUGAGAUACCUUGCAGAGUCUCUGCUCAAGCUCAGCCAGGUUAUUUACCCUGUGGUUCUUUGGUCUAGGUUUCUUCUGGUUGAGCCUCUCCUUGGAUGAAUUGAUUGGGUUAUACUCUACCCAUCCUCUUUUCUCUCCUCUCCCUUUGUCAUCAUCUCUACUCCUUUCUUCUAGUGACUCUUUUAAGUUUCUGUGAUUAUUCAUGAAUUAACUCCUUUCACACUUUCUGGUCUCUUCCAGCCUUACUUCAGGCCUUGUAGACUAAACCUCUUUUAACAGACUCAGUUGUAGGGAAUUAGGGUUCUGUAACCAUAGAUCAAGGACAAAGGAGAUCUUUCUCUCCAUCUGGCCUGUAUUUACACAGGGACAAUAAAUCAAAAGGUGAGAUCUCUUACUCCUGCUCUCAAUUGUUUCUAAUUCCAGUAUACCUACACACAAAAAAGGUUUGAUCACUCUUGCUUCCUUCCCAGUUCGAGGGUUCUGUUAGCUAUCACUAUCUGGUUUAAGCUCUGUUUUUCUUUUCUCUAGUGUGCCACACAAAUCUCUCCUUUACUCUGGCCACCUCAACUUCUCUCAAGGUCCCACUUCACUCAGUGGGUCUGUUCUUUCCCUCCUCCCAGUCAGCUUCUACCAACUGUCCUAUGGGUAUUCCCCGCUUAGUCCUGGCUCUAGGGGCUUGCUGGGAUGACCCCCAUUACAUUGCCAUUCGCUGUUACUUAGCUUUCUGGGUGUGCAGAGAAAAUCCUUACUCAGAGCUUGCCUGGGUUGUGACGCUCCGCAAGGUUUAGGCCAGUAGGAUUCUCAGAUUUGUUGGGACUUCUUCCCUGGGCCAGCUGUCCAGUCCCUGUUCCUGGAGAUGCCAAACACCACACCUUUUUUGGAGUCUCCCUUUAAACUACCCAGUCUUCUGUCCAGACCAGUCAGAGCUAGCUCCCUGGGGCACAUGUUCUUCAGCCCCAGGUGCCUGUCUGUUUCCCUGGCUCUCCCUGGACCAUUUUGUCCAGUGCACUGGCGACGCACCACUUGUCUGGACCCAGCUGGGCAAGUUUCCUGACAGCGCAGCUGACUCAGUGGGGGUAUAGCAGGGGCUUGGCCCCAGCCCCUGCUACAAGGUGGAAUGAAGGCUUUCCCUCGGCCGAGCAGGAGGAGGAACUAGAUGAAGCUGAUGCCCUGUUAUUUUGGAACAGGGAUUAUGAUUUUGGACUUUGUUGACUUCUCUGGCAAGGCUAGGUCAUUACCAGGGGUCCUGGUUUUCUCAGAUUAAAAAAACAAAAAAACCCCCAUGCAAAUUCUCUGACAAAACCCCCAAACUCCGUUAUUAAAAUUAAAAGCCCCCUGCUGGUGCCUCUCACUGCCCCCA